AUUAUUUAAUAGAAAUGCAUUCUGCCAAGAACAGGUUUGUGCAAGCAGUCCAGCGCCUGCAGGACUUCAGGAAUAUGUAUGAUUAUGAAGCUCGCCUUGCAACAUUCGCAGACUGGCCCUUUACUGAAAACUGCAAGUGCACCCCAGAAAAUAUGGCCAAGGCUGGCUUUGUACACUGCCCCACUGAGAAUGAGCCUGAUGUUGCUUGUUGCUUUUUCUGCUUGAAGGAGCUGGAGGGCUGGGAGCCAGAUGAUGACCCUUGGACUGAACACUCCAAGCGUUCUGCCAGCUGUGGUUUCCUUUCCCUGACAAAGUGUGUGAACGACCUCACAAUGGAAGGGUUUCUGCGGCUGGAAGCUGAUCGAAUCAAAAGCUUCUAUCGCAAAUUUUCUACUGUCGUCCUUCAGUAUGUAGAGGAAGAAAUGACUGCAACAACAAAGCGCCUGCUGGAAUACUUCUCCAACCAACACCAGUGCUCCAUAGAUCUUGACCGCUGAAUACAAGCAAAUAGCAUGGCUGUCAUAAGGCUUCUGAGGUGGCUACUGGCAAGCAAACUCAUUUUAAUAAAGCCUCAUGCAUCAGAUGUCUGGUAACAUGGAUGCUGACCCUUCUCAAUUACUCUAAUGCUUUUUUAAGAUCCAGUUUCUACCUAUUUAUUUUUAGGAAUUUUGCUAGUGUUCUGAGAUUUUAUAGUUCUCCAUUUUUUAAAUUAAAUAAAAUAAUUUUAUUCUAUUGCA